UUUGACUGCAAACAAGAUGGCCGCGAAGUGUCAUCCGUGAUAAUUCUCACCCUCUUCUUAUUUUCUUAUAAUAUUCAUAUUUUAAAGUUACUGAAGGAAAUGGGGCUAUCGCAGAGUUCAGAAGUGUCAGAAGGAGGGACGUAUGGAUACCAUGUGCACGGCGUGCAGCCAAAUUCCCCUGCAGAACAGGCCGGACUGCAGCCCUUCUUUGACUUCAUUCUGUCUUUGGACAAUAAAAGACUUAAUGAGGAAAAUGAGCUGCUGAAGGAGCUCCUGAAGGCCAACAUGGAGAGGGCAGUGAAAAUGGAGGUUUACAGCACGAAAAGCACAAGGGUUCGUGAGCUGGAGGUGGUGCCAAGUAACAUGUGGGGGGGACAGGGCCUGCUGGGUGCCAGUGUUCGCUUCUGCAGCUACCAAGGAGCCAGUGAGAACGUCUGGCACGUCCUGGAUGUGGAGGCGAGUUCACCUGCUGCACUGGCCGGACUUCAGCCACACAAUGACUACAUUGUUGGAGCAGAUCAGGUGUUGCAAGAUUCGGAAGACUUCUUCUCACUGGUCGAGGUCCAUGAAGGGAAGCCGCUGAAGCUGCUGGUGUACAACACACAAACAGAUGGCUGCAGGGAGGUGGUGGUGACACCGAAUGGAGCGUGGGGAGGAGAGGGCAGUUUGGGCUGUGGCAUUGGUUACGGCUACCUGCACCGAAUCCCUGCAAAUCCUAAUAUAUCAACUCCAAAGCCUCCCACCCCUGUUCCUGAGGAGAAACCCUCUCCAACACUGCCAACACAUGGAUUCACAGAGGCGCCUCUAAUGGCUCCUUCAAGCCAAACUGAAGCUGUACUGGACCUGGAGCAGGUCACCCUCCAGGAAGCUCCUCUACCUCCACCCAUCCAGAGAGUCAUGGACCCUGGUUUCUCAGACUCUGAAGUGGCAGUGAUGAACCCUGAUGCUGCAGAUCUGGUGGACAGGCUGGAUCUGUCCAUGUCGUCCAUCGACAUGACCAACACUUCACUGGCUAUGCACGAGGAGAAGGACGGUGAAAUCUCUGGUGUUGAGGAGCUGGAGGACAGUGUACUGCUCUCAUCAUCAGCUGAUGACCAGACUGAGUCACAAGAGCUGAGCUCCCAGGUGGCCACGGACCUCGCCUCUGCUCUCGCUUCCACUGACAUUUUGUCUGAUUCAGGCUUCCCACCAGCUGAACCGUAUCAUCUGCCCACAGAGUCCACGGACCUACAAAGCUUUCUCAUGGAGUCUAGCGAGAGCCCAAGUCCACCUAUGGGUGAUUCGUCUCUCCCUGUAGACUCCCCUGACCCUCCUGCUGAGCCCUCUGUCCCGGCCGAAGACCCUCGCUGCCCAUCUCCUAUCGAUCUCCUCCGGGCCUCGGCUGCUGACGAGUCGACGGCAGACGACUCUCCCGCUCAGGCUGUCGAGGAUCCAACAGGGUCAGAGGAGGAGUCUGCAGAGCCUCUGGAUGUGGCUCCUGUGCAGCAGUGCAGCCAUGAGCACGAUGACGAGGAGCCAGAGGAACCACAUCUGGAUUAAGCUUGUGUCAGGCUGAACACAAAGUACAAAAACGCAAAGUUAGCUCGACGAUCACUUUUUAAAUGUUUUUUAAACAUUUUUAAACACUUUAGAGGAAAUACAGGACAGACCAAGGAAAAGCUGAUAGUCUUAGUUACACUACAGAAACCAGCUGCAGCAUUAACAUAUAAGUAGAAAAUACUUUGAGGCACUGUAGGAAUAUCCUACAUGUUUUAUAUGUGAGAAUUUUAAGUUACAGCCAAAAAGGAUGAAAUGUUUCGACACAUUUUUUUCCUUGUUUGGUCAAAAUUAAGAUUAUACGGGUGACGAGACUUUAUUUCUGGUACACUAAUGUGACGACUACUUGAAUACUUCCAAAGAUAAACACUUAGUAUAUGGAAAAACACACGUCAUGCAUUUACUACAGCAAAGACCAGCUGCACCUCAACAUCUGUAACACUAUCAAAGUUUGUAAAGCUAAGGCAUUUUAGAAUUGUAACAGUCUGAUGGUGCAGUUUUUUUUUUAUCUGUUGAAGAAGCAUCAUCCACAUGAUUUCACAAGUAAGAGCUUUUAAGCUCAAGUAUAAGAGGGACAUUUACAUUUAUUGGGUUUUAAAAUGUUUUGUUGUGGGAUGAGGGAAAUAUUUGUCCACUUGCAUUAAGUUAAAUCAGUCACUACAUGUUUUUACAGCACAUCUGUCGUCAGUUUAAUUUAUUCCAGCCUGUGAUCAAUUUAAAAGCCAUUUAAAUCCCUGGUAAACUGGAAUUAUGUCCCCAUGUUUCAUUUUAUAUUAUUUUCACCUUGUAAUCUAUGCAACCGUAGACGAGAACUGCUCGUGACCUUAUGGGCAAUGCAUUUGUAAUGUUAAUCCAAUAGAUGACAAGCCUUUUCAUAUAUGUAAUACGUCUGGUAAAAGUAAUACUGCUGAUUCAUAGUUUUGUUUUUCUAGGGGGCUACUUAAUGUUUUUCACUGUCAACGUAGGUGUUAGUGUGUAAAAUAAUGAAAAGUAUUUUUGCAGAUAUUUUAUCAAUGAAUCGUAUGUUUUAUUAGGAAUGAGUGCAGAGUCUUUUGAUGAAUGUGAAAUGGGUGAAUCUUUGAUGGUUAAACAAUCGUAUCACUUGACUUAAAAAAGAAAAAAAAAAAAGAAAA